UCCGCCCAAGACAGUGUGCAUGAUGGGAAUUGUAGUGCUGCCACUGCGGAUGCACUGACUGGGUAUUGUACAUUUUUUCCAACAUUAUGCAAAGUCCUAUCGAGUGUUUCCCAUGAUGAAUUUGACGCGAUGGGACCCAACGCUGGUGACUUUCUUCAGCAAAAAUGGCUGACAAGAAUACUACGAUGGAAGCAAAUAUGCUGUUGAGAGUCCAGAACUGGAAUAUGCUGACAUCAAUGUUCUAAAGAAGAUGGAGAAACACAGGGAGGUUCCAGAGGAUGUGGAGUAUGGACAGGUUGUAGUAUUGAAGGGUUCCAGACCAACCACAGAGAGAGACAGACCUGAGGGGCGGGAGGAGACUGUGUAUGCUGGAAUACAGCUUGACCAAUGAGAGAGAUUAUUGUGAAGGGUUGAUAUUUAGACAUAACAUUAAAGCUCUGUUGCUUCUUUUGUUACUGUAACUAUUAGUAUCUAACGUUCCCAUAUUUCUGUACAUAUUUUCAUAAAAUGUAAAUGAACAACUAAACUGUAUACACUUGCCGUAGUGUGUCCUUCUGUUAUUGAUUUAAUAUGUUUUUGUAACGUUUGCUUCCAACUCACACUCUCAAACACGUAGAUCCCCUGAACGCAGCUCACUCUCCAAAUCCCAAUCACCUGAAUUUUGAUCACCUGUUCACACACCUGUAUGUCAUCUACACACACUAUGUUGUUCAGUUCUUGCACCCCAUCACUAUGAGGUAUUGUUUGUUUUGUGACACACGUCUUUCAGAGUGCUGGUUUUCCCAGUGAUUUACUUCUCCCGUGUAUGAUAGUGUUUGCCUGCCUCACUAACAACGCCUUUUUGCCUUUUUUUGCCCCGGAUUUCCUGUUAUAUACAGUGGGGAGAACAAGUAUUUGAUACACUGCCGAUUUUGCAGGUUUUCCUACUUACAAAGCAUGUAGAGGUCUGUAAUUUCUUAUCAUAGGUAUACUUCAACUGUGAGAGACGGAAUCUAAAACAAAAUCCAGAAACCCACAUACUAAAAUAACAUGCAAAACAGGGAACAACAAAAAAAGCUAGAUAAACAGGUGAACUCAAAACAGGUGUCCCACCUGCUCUGAAUUACGGGUCACCACUGGCUGUUAAUAUAAUGAAGAAGUGAGACUUCGAUGAGGCUCUUCCUCUUUCCUAUGUCAGAAAUGAUGAAUAGGGUAAAAAUUACACCUCUUCUUUUGCUUGUCACACAAUGGGUGAAUUAUUCUGAGUGGCAGGAACAGCUAUCUCUCAUACUAUCCUUGCAUUGGUUUUUGUUUAUGCCGUAAAAUAUUGCCAGAUUAUGGAAAUUCAGCUCUGAAUAGAAAAUAGAGGACUUUGUUGAAGUACCAAAGUUAAUUUGAUAAACUGAGACCCUGCAUUGUAAAGAGACAUGGAGGCUGUUUUAGGACUGUUGGUGAUCUCAGCAGGAGUGUCUCAUGGCUUGGAGACUUCCUGUGAUGCUAGACAGAAUAGAUCUCAGUGUUAUGGAGCUCUGGGAGGAACUGUCUAUCUCCAGCUGGUGACUGAUGCCACGAGGUAUGAUGAACUCUCAUUUUGGAAAGGCUCAACUGGUGCUAAAACAGAGAUACUCAAAAUGAAGAAGGACAAAUGGGUAAUAAAAUACACCCCCAUUGAAGACAGAUUACACUUCUUUAUAAACAAUGGGACAUUGAGGUUAAAUAACACAAGAAGUACAGAUUCUGGUGAAUAUCUGCAAGAAACAUUUAAUUCAGGAGGGGUAGCACAAGGGACCAGAGGACUACAACUGUUCAUCAAAGCUCCAGUGUCCAGUCCUCAGCUGUCCUCUGAGUGUCUGUCUCAUGGAGAGAUGAAGGUGUCCUGCUCCUCUGAGGGGGAUGGUUCCCAGUACAGCUGGACUCUGGAUGGACAGACGCUGAGAGACACUAAGGCCUCUUCUGAUAACGAGACAAACACCAUCACUCUGAAGAAAGGCCUGUCAGGAAAUCUCACCUGUACCGUCAGAAACAACAUCAGCAGUGAUUCUAUCAGCAAGAGAAUCUCACCUUGUCCAGGAGUCAGUGUGUUUGUUUAUUUCCAACUCGCUGAAGUCUUCAUUCUUCUGACAGUCUGUCUGGGAUCAUACUGUUUCUACAAGAAGGAAACCUAUCAUCAUAAAGAAGUAAGCAGAGUGUAUGCAGUCUCAGGUGGAUCAUGGUGGGACUCAGAUGAGGGUGUUAAUGUCCUGAGAGGUGCUAUGGAGACCAACUAGGCUGUGAGAUUACAUAAUGAUGAUUUAAUAUUGCCAAUCAUUGAAAAUAUUUGUUUUCGCUCUUUAAUAAAAGGUUUAAUUAGGCUUUUAUUAUCAUUUAGAAUUUAUACUGAGCUUAUAGUGGAGUGUAUUGCAUUGCAUUGCAGUGUUUUGUUUCAUGUUGUAUGUGACAUACAGUAACCUAAAUGUAUGAUAUUGGGAAGAAUUGUUAAAUGGUGAAAGGUAACAAAACGCUUUCCUUCUUAACUUUAUUAUGCUUUAAUAUAGCGUAUUUGUGUGAUUUUGAAUUCAUAGAAAUACAAGCAAGCAACUUUUAAAACAUUCUGGACCUCAUUUUCUAUGAACUAUUACUUUAAAAAAAUACUGGACAUUAUUUUUCAGAAUCUACCAUUUUUGAAACAUUCUCGAUGUCAUUUCUCAUUAUCUACUACUUUUAAAACACUCUGGACCUCAUUUUAAUAACUUGCCAAAUAAUUAUUACAAAUGAUAACGUUGACAAGCUCUACAUAUUGCUCUGGCUAAACUUCAUGUGACUGCAUAAUAAUCAAAAUAAUGAGAAAUGCAUUUUAUGUGUAACCAUGAAGUCAUUUUUAUUUUCAUAGUCUACUGUAGUUGGUACAUAGAGUCAUAACCACAUCCAUCAACAUUAAAUCAUCUGUUGGUUAUUU